AUGACUUCCAGCAGAUUGAUGGGGAACUGUACGGAAGUGACCCAGUUCAUCCUCCUGGGACUGACUGCUGUCCCAGAGCUGCAGACCCCUCUGUUAAUCAUGUUCACUCUCAUUUACCUCUUGAAUGUGGUUGGAAACCUUGGAAUGGUCAUGCUGAUUCUCCUGGACGCCCGUCUGCACACCCCCAUGUACUUCUUCCUUAGCAACCUAUCUCUGGUGGACAUUGCAUACUCCUCAGCCGUCGCUCCCACGGUCAUGGAUGAAUUCCUCACAGGGUACACGGUCAUCUCCUACAAUGCUUGUGCUGCUCAGAUGUUCUUUUUUGUAUCCUUUGCCACCGUGGAAAAUUACCUGCUGGCUUCCAUGGCCUACGACCGCUAUGCCGCGGUGUGCAAGCCGCUGCACUACACCGGCACAAUGACCACGAGAGUCUGUGCUUGUCUGGCCACAGGAUCCUAUAUUUGUGGUUUCUUGAAUGCCAUAUUCCACACUGGGGACAUCUUCAGCCUUUCAGUUGGUAACUCCAAUGUGGUCCAUCAUUUUUUCUGUGAUGUUCCAGCAGUCAUGGCUCUGGCUUGCUCUGAUACACAUCUUAGUGAAGUCAUUCUGGUUUUUAUGUCAAGCUUUAAUGUCUGUUUUGCUCUUCUGAUUAUCUUUGUCUCCUAUCUCUUCAUAUUUGUCACCAUCAUGAAGAUGCACUCAGCUAAGGGCCACCAGAAGGCCCUGUCCACCUGCGCCUCCCACCUCACCGCAGUGUCCAUCUUCUACGGGGCUGUCAUCUUCAUGUACCUGCAGCCCAGCUCCAGCCACUCCAUGGACACGGACAAGAUCGCAUCGGUGUUCUACACCAUGGUCAUCCCCGUGCUGAAUCCGCUGGUCUACAGCCUGAGGAACAAGGAGGUCAAGAGCGCAUUCAACAAGGUGAUUGAGAAAGCAAAAAUUUCUAUGUAA